AUGUCGACGCAACUUGGCCAUCACGCAGUACUUAGCACCUUGGAACACGACACGAUAGGAUGGACCACCAGUGUGUGUACUACCUCCCGCCUUCCUUGUCACCUCGAGACUAGGCUCUCCCCGCUCUUGCAGACCACCCCCGCGCACUCAAAAUUUCUUAUCGCUUUCCCAGCGAGCCACGAGGACAUCUCAAAGACAACCAUCGCCUGUCCGCCCCGGCCGAAGCUCGACAUCAUUCACCAAUCCUCGCUCGCCAGAGCCCGUUCCCCAGGCGCACACCGACGAUCGUCAAAGUAUGCUCCACAUCACGCUACGCUAUUCCGACGGAAAUAUAUUCGCCUCAAGGGCUACCAUUUCGGCCUCCUCCUUGAAGGGGCACGAUGCCACCCACGCAUCCACGGUUCCGUCCACCACCAACCGCCAGCCGCACAACGUGCUUCCCUUUCUCUGGUGCUCACUGUGUGUUCCAUGUACCUGUAUAAGUCUCCUCCGACGCUCGGUGGCCUGACGUUCCACGAUCACCAUCUUGACGCCGACAAUCGGGGCACAACUUCACAAGUCGAAACGCUCUUCGGUGAGGCACCAAGCACGAGGCACGAAAACGUGGGGACGAAACCAAAGAACCUGGCAAGACGAGAGUGCCUUGACCCCUUGGACCCCUCGCACAGUGAAAAGCAUCACGGGCGGACGACAAAUCCAGCGCUAGCCCUCCAGAGCGAGCGUAACCAAAAUCACCAAACACCACCAUCACCUCACGGGCCAGCAUCCAAUUUCAGGGCAGCCAUGGAUCAGGGCAACGAUACCACCAAGCCAGAGGACAAGUCGACGGGACAGGAGCAUCGUGGGUGGAGCUUGUGCUCGGCCGCGACUCGACGGCGGAAGACUGAGACUCGUAUGCAGCAAUGCAUAUUCGUCUCGUUAUGUCUCGUGGUUGACAACGCACCAUCACAUUACACUCGCACUGCACUCUCACUUUGGCUCACAUUCAGUAGUGCAAUGAUUUCUGCGGAACGUGCAGCAUCUCAUUGCCUUCAUCCUGGCACGAAUGGCAACAGACUUUUGGGAGGGCAGAUUUCCCAUGUCGAUCAUCAACUAGUCGAGGAAUGUCGCAUGCGUAGCUUUCUGGGCACUGCACCAACCACAGCAUCGUUAAGGCGGCAUUCGCUCGAGCCAAUUCCUCCUCAGAUCCAGCAUGAUGUGACAUGA